GCCCGCCCGGUGAGCCUGUGAGCUCUUUGAGAGCGCCAGGCAGGCCUGACUCAGCACCUGCAGCUGUUGGGUCCAUACACGGUGCCUCAUUAAGGACAGGAGGUGCUAGCAAGUGUCUGUUUUGAGCACCUGCGAAUGCAGGACACAUGACAUCGUGUCAGCUAACAGUUGUGCCGGAGGGGUGUUCAGAAGCUCAUUCUUGGGUUACCCGCGGUGUGUUUGAUCGUGAGCCCAGCCAUUGGAAUUCUCUUUGUGACUGGCCUGCCGUCAGCUCACCGCUGACCUUUCUCAGGCCUGCUUCCCACAUACCCAGCGAUGUCUGCUCCGUGCCAGGGCUCUGAGCUUUUUAUUUCACUGAAGAGCAUAGAGGAAGGUGGAAGUCAGGAAGGAUUCUGCUUCUCAUGUGAACAUAUUUGAUUUUGAAAGUUCCGGCUUUGUUUUGUAUCCCAGAGUUCCUUAAACUGUGAAAAUACUGGAGGAAUUUUUUUAGGAUAUUUCUGCCUCUAGCGGAAUAGCUGCCCAUCGUACAGUUGUAACUGCAAGGUGGGGACCUUGAGGCUCAGAAAUAGAACUGAAGACAGAAGCCAGUCGCCUGCUUCUCAUCUGAGGACUUUUCUCAUUGUUCUACUGGGCACUCAUCAGAGGGAAGCUAUUUUUCCACAAUUGGCGAGCAGAGCUGAAAGCGACCUACCCGGGACCGCUGCGCUGGUUAGCGGCUGAGCUGGGGCAAGAAUCCAGGUGUUAGUGUGUUCCUCUUUUUCUUUUGAGUUCCUGUACCAGUCUCCGGGAUCUCAAGACGCUAACAUAGCAGUUUGCUGAACCUGGUGUCCACUGACCAUUUGAAGAGCUAGUUAUCUGAGUUUCAGAUUCCGACAAUGUCUCAUCCGUCUUGGCUGCCACCCAAAAGUACUGGUGAGCCUCUUGGCCAUGUGCCUGCACGGAUGGAGACCACCCAUUCCUUUGGGACUCCCAGCAUUUCAGUGUCCACACAACAACCACCCAAGAAGUUUGCACCAGUAGUUGCUCCAAAGCCCAAGUACAACCCAUACAAACCUGGAGGUGAAGGUGAUUUUCUUCCACCCCCACCUCCACCUCUAGAUGAUCCUGGUGCUCUUCCGUCUGGCUCUGGAAACUUCCCUCCUCCACCACCCCUUGAUGAAGGUGCUUUCAGGGCACAGCAGGGAAAUCCUGGAGGCAAGACCCUUGAGGAGAGACGUUCUAGCCUGGAUGCCGAGAUAGACUCGCUGACUAGCAUCUUGGCCGACCUUGAGUGCAGCUCGCCCUACAAGCCUCGGCCUCCACAGGGCUCUACUAGUUCGACUGCCUCUCCUCCAGUCUCUACCCCUGUCACAGGACAUAAAAGAAUGGUAAUACCAAACCAACCCCCUCUAACGGCAACCAAAAAGUCUACAUUGAAACCACAGCCUGCACCCCAGGCAGGACCCAUCCCUGUGGCACCAAUUGGAACACUAAAACCCCAGCCUCAACCAGUCCCCGCCUCCUAUGCUACGGCAUCCACCCCUUCAAGGCCUGCCUUCAACGUGCAGGUGAAGUCAGCCCAGCCCAGCUCUCAUUACAUGGCUGCUCCUUCAUCAGGACAAUUUUAUGGCGCAGGCCCAGGACCCCAGGGCUAUAACACUCAACCAGUUUCUAUCUCUGGGCAGUGCCCACCUCCUUCAACACGGGGGGGCAUGGACUAUGCAUAUAUUCCACCACCAGGACUUCAACCGGAGCCUGGGUAUGGGUAUGCCCCCAACCAAGGACGCUAUUAUGAAGCCUAUUGCCCAUCAGGGCCUGGCUAUGGGGGCAAAAAUGACUCUGAUCCAGCUUACGGUCAACAAGGGCAUCCGAAUACGUGGAAGCGGGAACAAGGGUAUACUCCUUCUGGAACAGGAAACCAGAACCCAGCCGGGAUGUAUCCAGUUACUGGGCCCAAGAAGACCUAUAUCACAGAUCCUGUUUCAGUGCCCUGCGCACCGCCACUGCAACAAAAGAGUGGACAAACAGGAUCCAUGGGGCCUCCAGCUGUUCCCCCUUCAUUCCGCCCUGAAGAUGAGCUCGAACACCUAACCAAGAAGAUGCUGUAUGAUAUGGAAAAUCCACCUGCUGAUGAAUACUUUGGCCGCUGUGCUCGCUGUGGGGAAAACGUAGUUGGGGAAGGGACAGGAUGCACCGCCAUGGAUCAGGUCUUCCACGUGGAUUGUUUUACCUGCAUCAUCUGCAACAACAAGCUCCGAGGACAGCCCUUCUAUGCCGUGGAGAAGAAAGCCUACUGUGAGCCCUGCUACAUUAACACCCUGGAACAGUGCAGUGUGUGCUCCAAGCCCAUCAUGGAGCGGAUCCUGCGAGCCACCGGAAAGGCCUAUCAUCCUCACUGCUUUACCUGUGUCAUGUGCCACCGCAGCCUUGACGGGAUCCCAUUCACCGUGGACGCUGGUGGCCUCAUUCACUGCAUUGAGGACUUCCACAAGAAAUUUGCCCCCCGAUGUUCUGUGUGCAAAGAGCCUAUCAUGCCGGCCCCGGGCCAGGAGGAGACUGUCCGGAUUGUGGCUCUGGAUCGCGAUUUCCAUGUUCAUUGCUACCGGUGUGAGGAUUGUGGUGGUCUCCUGUCUGAAGGAGAUAACCAAGGCUGCUACCCUCUGGAUGGACACAUCCUCUGCAAGACCUGCAACUCUGCCCGCAUUAGGGUGCUGACGGCCAAGGCCAGCACUGACCUUUAAGUUCAGUUAGUUGGUGGUGCUGAGAAGAAUGAAACACAAGAAAUGAAACACAAGAAACAAGAUAAGAAAAGACAUGGGAAAAAUACAGGAAAGGCAAUCAAACCGUGGGAUGGUCUCUGUUCUUCGUCUAAUAUUAACCUUUCUUUAGAAACACAUAGAUUAUGAGAUUUUUUUUUUUUUAAGUUCUCACCAAAUACACAUUUCACAUUUAAUCAUGUAGGACCUUGAUGGGCCUUUGUUCCCAAGGACUUCCACAUUUUUGCACGGAUUAUACUCCAUCCCAUUCACUUCUGCAUUCCUGUAACUUUUAAUCCCUAUGUUUGUCUCACUUUUCAUCUGGUUGAAUGGCUUUUUUUAGUGUGGUAUUUGCUGUCACACAGUUUUUUCCUGGGUGAGUCUGCCAACUCACAGGUGCUUUUAGGCUUGAAGGUCUCAUCCUAUCACUUCCACAUUGCCUGUGAUCAUAAAGGACAGCCAUUCUUUCUGUGUGUAUUGGAAAAGUACAUCUUUCUGUUGCUCUAAACCGGUCAUGUCCCUUAGGGUGGGGGGUGGGGGGUAAAAGUGUGCAAUGUAUAUGUUAGGCAACAAAGAAUUUAAGCUGUAAAUGACAUAGUUUAAAACAAGCGCCUACUGAAUUUGCAACCAAAUUUGAUUGGAAAUUCAAAGUCUAUAGUGAUUUUGGUGCUCAGGGCUCAUUUGAAAACAGUUAUUGGUGAGAUCCAAACUUCAAUUUUUUUCUGAGGGAAUUACGGGUGGGAUAUGCUGGGGGAAAAAAAUUGGGGGGGUAUGUUUGAAAAGCCUAUUAUUAUCUCACAAUAUCAUCUUAAGAGUUUCCUUUUCCAUGCUACCUAGACAUAAUAAUACAAAUUUUGUUUUCUAUAGAGCAUAACACUUCCAAAACCAUCCCACUUUUCAUCUGAGAAAUAUUGCUGUGUUGUUUGUUUGUUUGUUUGUUUAUAAUAUCUAAACACAACUACCAAAGUUGAGUUUUUCCAGGAGGAAUAUUGCUUAUAAAGAACUGUUCAUAUUCUUCCUUUUUUUCCCCCAGGCCCAGGUCCUUUUUGCCUGACAACUGCAAAUCAGAGCACACAUAAUAAAAUCAUGUAGUUUGUUUAGUUUACUUUUAAAAAGACAGGAAAGCUUGAAAAGAUUGUGAAACCACAGUUUCAUUACUCUUGUAAUCCUGCUAUAAAUCCAAUUACAUAUUGCAGGAGACAUUUUCAUAUCAUCGAUGUGACAUUUACACCACACUUUCAGACAAUCGCUGAAAAAAAAUUGCCUUUCUGAGCUAAAAAUAUGCAAAGUCUCUGCCUAGAAUCUUUAUUCAAACUCUUACUGGGCAUUGAAACACUUGCUUGCCAACUGCAGAACCAUUCUUUUGGGUUCUAACUCGUUUCUUUUAAAGAGAGAUGCCCAUCUUAAUAAUGGCAGGUUGCCAUUUGUAAACUAGUCAAGUAUUUUGGAUUGAGAUUUCUUAAAUGUUUCUUCAAAUCUUCCACAAGUAUAUACUUUUAAAUUAUGAAGUAUUUUAAAUAUACACAAAAGAAUAAAUAAUAAUAUAAUGAAUCCCUGUAUACGUGACACCAGCUUAAGAAAUCAAAUAUAACAGAUACAGAUCCAUUCCCUUGUGCACCCGUCCCUGAUUCCACAAAUAGCUUUCUCCUGAUUAUAAAGUGAUAAAGUCAAUUUUCUAGUCUGACUUUUAUUUUAAUUUUUAACACUCAGAACAUAAAUGAAAAAUUAUUUGUGAAUGUUUUAAAUUAUAACC